GUAGGCUAACACCGCGUCGAGUCAGAGUGACGGUUGUUGUUUUGUAGCUAACAAACCUUGCGUUAGCUAACAAGUGCGCGCUACCUUAGCAUGACCAUGGACGUAUUAACGUUAUAAGAACUGCUUUAUAGCUAACAACCCUUACGUUAGCUAACAAGUGCGCGAUACCUUAGCAUGACCAUGGAUGUAUUAUGAGAGCAUGACAGCACGAGCGCAGAAAGGCAUAUAGCUGCCUGGUGUCAAGUGACAGUCCGUAGCAGAGGUCAGCUAACUUAACCCACCUUAACGUUAACGUUACUCUUUUAUUUUGUCAGACAAAGGGACUGUUUUUCUCUUGUUGUGUCAGCUAACGAGACGCCCAGCAUGAAACCGCUGUCAAACUAACGUUAGCUAACGGUUAAAUGUUGUGUGGUGUAAUGGGUGUAACAGGCGAACAUAGGGUCAGGGUUUCCCUCUGCUACAGUGCUGGGAAAGGAAAUCACAAGCUCUCAUCGGGCAAUGAAGUAAGCUGCUUUUUAAAGCGUGGAGAAAGUCAUAACCCAUGUCAGAUGAGCUGCUGCUGCGAUGUCUGAUAUUUAUAAGAUUAGCUAAGUUACAAGUACAUCCAGUUAUCGUUACCUAAGUCGCCACAUAUGUUGUUUACUACAGUGCUGAGGUUUUUGGUGCAUCACUGAAGUCGUCACCGUCAUUGCUGCAUGUUGGGAAAAUAACCAAUCCGCUCAGUCGCGGAGAAGGCGCGUGCUGUUUUUCAGCCCGCCCUGAACAGCUCUCCUCAUUCUUCCCCCGUCUGUCUUUAUGGUCCAGCAUAUGGCAUUUUGCCUGCGCGGAGUAAGUUACACAAGCCAGUCAUGCAAAAUAGAAACACGUGUCUGUAGGCGGUGCUGAAAAUUUCAGGUUUACUGAACAGUAAAGACUGGCUACCACCACAGAGAAAAAACCCGCUGUGUCGCAGGUUAUUUACGCGAAUUAUACGUUAGCCCCAAACUUGCCGGUUUGAUCUACAUCUCAGUUGGAGAUGAGAGGUACGGACUCAACAUGUGUUUUUCUUUCAGAGAGGACAAUGAUACGAACAUGAUCAACGCCGAUGGCUUCUCAAAAUGCGAGGCGACUCUGCAAGAGAGAGGCAGAAGGAGGCCACCCGCAGAGAUGCUCCAUCUGCUGUCAGCUGUUAUUGUUUGGCUGGUGACGGGAACCACCAUCUCCAGCCUCAACAAAUGGAUAUUUGCCGUUUACAACUUCAGGUACCCUCUGCUGCUGUCAGCGCUGCACAUGCUGACAGCCAUAGUGGUGGACUAUGGGCUGAUCAAACUGCGGGUGAUCCGCCACAGAGGGGCCGAGGAGCAGGACCUGACCCACAGUGCAAAAUGUAAGGUGUUCCUGUUGAGUCUGACAUUUUGUGCCAGUAUCGCUUUUGGGAACAUGGGUCUGAACUAUGUCCAGCUGUCGUUUGCACAAAUGAUCUAUACCACCACCCCGCUCUUUACUUUGGCCAUCUCCACAUUAAUCCUGGGCAAACAACAUCACAUCCUCAAAUACACAGCCAUGAUGCCCAUCUGCCUUGGAGCCUCCUUCGGCAUCAUGGGAGAGGUCCAGUUUGAUCAGACCGGCUGCUUCUUUGUGUUUGCAGCGACCAUGUUGAGGGGUGUCAAGUCCAUUCAGCAGAGCAUCUUACUUCAGGAGGAAAAAAUCAGCUCUGUGUUCCUGCUCUACCUGAUGUCCAUUCCCAGCUUUUGCAUCUUGACCGUGGCAGCUCUGGCCUUAGAAAAUUGGGCUGUGCUGGAGUCACCGUUUCAUUACGACCGCCACCUGUGGGUCUUUAUCCUGCUCAGCUGUCUGGGCUCAGUCAUGUACAACCUGGCCAGCUGCAGCGUCAUCACACUCACCUCUGCUGUCACUCUGCAUAUCCUCGGCAACCUGAGCGUGGUGGGGAACCUGCUGUUGUCUCAGCUGCUUUUCGGCAGCGAGUUGUCCGCCCUCAGCUGUGCCGGCGCGGUGCUGACAUUGUCUGGCAUGCUCAUCUAUCAGAACUCAGAGUUUAUCGUCAGCUUCCUGGACGCACGCAGGGCCAAAGCUGAAAAGUCCAGACAGGAGGAUUCUAACACUACAAGUAGAGAGGACUUGGACAAAGCUAGUGCACCCGAAGCAACAUAUCAUCAGCAGAGAACAGACGGGAAACAAGAAGACAAGAUAGACUGAACUGAAGGGAUGAAGGAGAGAAUAAAAUGUUAAACCCCGGCUGUAGUUUUCUGCCCUGUGUGUCUGUAAGUGGCCAAGAGCAGCAGAGGGUGUGUGACCUUAUAAGGCCAUCAUCACUGAUGAUCUGAUCCUUUUUAUUUUAUUUUUUUACUUCCUCACUGUGCCAGUUUAUUUUUUCGCUGGUAACCAAGAAGUGUCUGCAGAAAGGAAAAGGUUGCCUUUAUUUGUCACAGUGAUGGUUAAAUUCUCUCCUUCAUCUGUAAAUCACUCAGACACAGCCUAUAGCGCUAUAUGCAUGCAUGAGCACACUAAACGGUUUGAUACCUCAUGAGGUAUUCAAACUGUCACUCAUUCUACUCCACUGUGAACAUGUUCUUAUUGACAGAGGGCUCUAAUAAAUGUUUUGGGUGGCUGUCGUGGAUAUUGCAGGCUGCAGAGAGCCUUGUGUGACGUUGAGGCUCAGAUAGCACUGCGCCUCAAAUCUGAAUGGGCACAAUUUGUAUUAAAAAUAUAUAUUAAUGGUACUGUUACCUGACAUUCACCUGGCCCUGUCAUGGUAGGGUUUUGUUUUUUUGGCAGCUUUUGUUGUUGGUAUGUGAAGCAGGAAGCUUGUUAAAUAAGGAUGCUACAACUCUUAUGUAGAGGCUGAAGUUCCAGUGAUGGACAAAGCCAACAUUUUUGUGCAAUGAGACGCCUCUUCCCCUCUACUGAAGCACAUUUUUAAAAUAUGAGGCCUGAUCUCAGUGUUUUGUCCUCCGUUAUGAACCUCACUGUGGCUUCCCACUUAAGGCCUAGAUUCUGUUCUCAGGCGCUCUCUGUAGAAUUAGUCCAAUUAUUUCUAUCAGCCGUGCGCUCACUGCAGCUUUCCUCGAUAAUUAGGUUCACAAGUUCUCUAAGGAGUGUCACUCAACUUUAGAUGUCUUUUCCCUGCGGAAGAGAUGAGGAAAAAGACGACUGAGAUGUCCUUUAAGGUUGCUUCUUAAAUCCUAACCAAUGUCAUUAAAUUUGUCCAUUUCUGUGGGGGAUAUUUAAAAAAAAAAAAAAAGUUGGUUACACCACUAGAGAUGGCCCGA